GGGGCUGGGUUCCGUGAGGCACUCAGGGCUGUAGGUGGGCCCUAGUAGAAAUUGCCGGAGCCUUGGUGGCGAGGACCGUAUCUUCCCGCCGUUCAGUUCUGCAGGAGGAGAGAAGCUUUAAACCUUAGGCUGGUGAUUCUGGAUGCUGCAAGAAAAACCUAGUUUCUUAUGUUCUCUUUUCCAUCUUAGUCAUCUAAGAACGCUGCCAUUUCCCAACAGAAGAGCCAAGAAAAGGAUAGAAUGGCUCUUGACCUUAAAACCAUCUACCAGGAGUUGGUGACCUUUGGGGAUGUGGCUGUAGACUUCUCCCAAGAGGAGUGGGAUUGUCUAAAUUCUUCUCAAAGGCAUCUGUACAGUAAUGUGAUGCUGGAGAAUUACAGGAUCUUGGUAUCACUGGGACUUUGUUUCUCUAAGCCAAGUGUGAUAUUAUUGUUGGAACAAGGAAAAGAGCCCUGGAUGGUAAAGAAAGAGCUGGCAAAAGACUUGUGCUCAGGCUGGGAAUCUGUGUGUGAGAGUGAAGAAUUAACCCCAAAGCAGGACAUUUGUGAAGCACAGUCAUCCCAGAAGAUAAUAGUAAAAUUUAAAAGCUGUGGUCUUGAGUACUCCAAUUUGAGAGAGGAAUGGAAAUGUGAGGGCCAUUCUGAGAGGCAACCAGUGAAUCAGAAGUCAUAUUUCAAAGAAGAGACAAUUACUAAUGAAGGAGCCCUUAUUUAUGAAAGAGGACAAGAAUAUAACAAAUCUUGGCAAAGUUUCCGUCUGAACACACUGCUUCAUACACAACAGAUAGCUUCAAAAGAGGAGAAAGAACAUAAACAUGACACACAUAUGAAAGGCUUUAAAAAUAACUUAGUGGUUAUUAAACCCAAGAAUAUAUAUACAGAGAAGAAACUUUUGAAAUGUAAUGACUGUGAAAAAGUUUUCAGCCAAAGCUCAUCCCUUAUUCUUCAUCAAAGAAUUCAUACUGGGGAGAAGCCCUAUAAAUGUGUAGAAUGUGGGAAAGCCUUUAGCCAGAGAUCAAAUCUUGUUCAACAUCAAAGGAUUCAUACUGGAGAGAAACCCUAUGAAUGUAAGGAAUGCAGGAAAGCAUUCAGUCAGAAUGCACACCUUGUUCAACAUCUGAGAGUUCAUACUGGAGAAAAACCUUAUGAAUGUAAGGUAUGUAGAAAAGCCUUCAGCCAGUUUGCCUAUCUUGCUCAACAUCAGAGAGUUCAUACUGGAGAGAAACCCUAUGAAUGUAUUGAAUGUGGGAAAGCAUUUAGUAAUAGAUCAUCCAUUGCUCAACACCAGAGAGUUCAUACUGGUGAGAAACCUUAUGAAUGUAAUGUGUGUGCGAAAGCAUUUAGCCUUCGUGCAUACCUCACUGUACAUCAGAGGAUACAUACUGGAGAGAGACCCUAUGAAUGUAAGGAAUGUGGGAAGGCCUUUAGUCAGAAUUCACACCUUGCUCAACAUCAGAGAAUUCAUACUGGAGAAAAACCUUAUAAAUGUCAGGAAUGCAGGAAAGCAUUCAGCCAGAUUGCCUACCUUGCUCAACAUCAGAGAGUUCAUACUGGAGAGAAACCCUAUGAAUGUAUUAAAUGUGGGAAGGCUUUUAGCAAUGAUUCAUCCCUUACCCAACAUCAGAGAGUUCAUACUGGAGAGAAACCUUAUGCAUGUAAUGUUUGUGGAAAGGCUUUUAGUUACUGUGGAUCCCUUGCCCAACACCAGAGAAUUCAUACUGGAGAGAGACCCUAUGAGUGUAAGGAAUGCAAGAAAACCUUUAGGCAGCACGCACAUCUUGCUCAUCAUCAGAGAAUCCAUCUUGGUUUGUCACUUACACCUAAUUCUGUCAAUCACCAAGUCCUAUAGAUCUAUUAUAAAUAUUUCGGGAAUUUAUAUAUUUUUCUCUAUCUUUAAUGUCACCCUAGUCCAUUUCACCUGGAUCAUUGCUGUAGCUUUUCUAACAGGCUUUCCUGUAUCAAUUUUGCUUUCCUUAAAUUUAUUUCUCAUCAUGCACCCAAAAUUAUAUUUUUUAAUACAUACAUUACUGCCUCUAAUGAAAACUUUUUUGGCUUAUUAUUGUUAAUCUAACAUCUACAGUCUUUAAAAUUUUCAAUGAGGUCCUUUAUUAUCUGGUUCUUAUGGACCUCUCAGCCUUAUUUUAUUUUAGUUUUCCUCUCUGGGCACUAAGCACUUCCCAGGAUGAAAAGCUUAGAUUCUAGAAUAUUAUAGCUCUAUCACUACUGUGUGUUAUGUGGCUUUGAGUAAUUUGCUUGACCUCAGGGUUUUCUUUAAUUUCAAAAUAGGGAUAAUAAAGGACACAGUAAUUUAGAAAGGUCUGAAGUUAAAUAGUGUAUGUUGUAAAUUGAUACAUAUUAAGUAAGAAUUUUGCAUGUAAAGUACUUCAUGCAGUGCAUUAAAUAUAGCCCACAUUCAGUAAAUGAUAGCUAAUCUUUAUUGAAUGCCUAUUUUAUUCAUUAGGCAUUGUUCUACAUAGUUAACAUAUAUUAACUCACUCUUCAUAUCGGAAACAAGUAGAACAUCCCUGGGAAGCAACCUAAAAAUUUUAGAACAUAAGUGAAGUCUUUGUACUCUAGGUGAGUAAUCAAUAUAUACACAAAAAGUAGUAGAAAUAUAACACUUAUAACCAGUUUUAGGAAGUUUCCAGAGAGAAUGAAUUGGAUAAAUUUAAUUAAAAUAAAACAAGUAUUUACUGAGAAUUACAGAGCUUACAUUUAGGUAAAGAAAAGAAUAGAGGAUCACAACUCUAAGCAAUAACAAAACAAUAUCCAUAAACCUAGAAAUUCAUACUGUCCCAUAAAAAGGCACCAGGCCCAGGUAAUUGUAUGGUUGAAUCUAGUUAAUUUCAAAGCUUUAAACUUCCAUGCUGUAGGAAACAAGCAUAAUAUUUAGAAAUAUUUUUAUCCAGUGAUUAUAAAAUUGAAUUUAAGAGAGGACUUAGAGAAGAAAACUACAUAUAUAUGUAUUUCAUUCAUUCAGUGAAUAUUGGAUAGCUACUAUUUGCUAGGUACUUACACUAUUAUAGGCAUGAGGAGACAAUGAUGAUCAAUACGAAGACCAUGUUCCCUUAGAGUAAAAUUCCAGAGGCUGGAAGUGUUAAUACAUAAAUAUAAGCAUAGUUUUCCACACUCAGAAGAUGGAAGAAUAAUGAAGUAAAUUAAGAAGUAUUAUAUAGUCUAUACCAGUGAUGGCGAACCUAUGACACCCUUGUCAGAAGUGA